AUGAUUUCCGUCAAUACCAACACAGAGAAGAGAGAGGGCACUGGCAUUCUGAUCACAGAAGCCGCCGGGCGAUUAGUCUUGUCAAACCGUGGAAAGCAAAAAUAUACUCGACACGUGGAAACCCGCCGUCGUGGCAGUACCUACCAAUCCACAGCGGUGAAAGAGGGGACUAUUGACACAGAAGAUAAACAUAUACACGAUGGACUUGAUCAUGGGCUUCUCGAAGGGUACGAAGAAUGUAAAGCCUCUGCAUGCUUUGCAUAUCCAUACGGCCAUAGUCUUCCUGGUGAGCACCUCGAUAUUCCAUCAGAUCUCGGUAUGAUACAAGACGAAUCAGCGAGAUACCAACAAUCGGGAAGGUUUCAAUAAGGGAUUCAAGCUGGGAUGGAAGAAGGCAGCUGGUGAGAAAACGAGUGUAUGGGGGAAGGAGGACGGUGGGCAGCGAGACGGAUGUCCAGGGGAUGGAUGCAUAAACUUCUCAUACAACGGACAUCCGAGAUUCAGACGCCAUGAUUCCCUUGAAUCCAGCCCUUCCGUACAAGCAAAGGCCUUUGGUGACAUUGAAGCAGAUGUUAGCAUUGAUUUCUGCGACGGCUUUGAUCAUGGUAUCAAAGAAGGAAGACUAGCCCCAAAAAAGCCAUUGGGUAGACCAUCAGACCACCUCGCAAGUCCCAGAAAGCUAAAAGAUUAUUGCGAAGGCCUUGAUCUUGGAUUUGCGUUCGGGUUAGAGGGAAGACACGGACUCACAGAAGCAACAUGA